AUGAAGAUCACAAUGCUAAAACUGUUCGCUCUGCUGAGCACCGGAUGUGUCCUGCUGGGCGUCACGCUGGCUGCCGAAACUAAUAAGCGUCAGUCCCAGGGGCAACAGCAACAGCUCGGCCGGUACAAGCGUGGCCUCCUGUCGGCGCUGUUCGGUGGCGGAACCGGCGGCGAGGAACCGCCACGGCAGGCGAUGGAAGUCCCGCCGGCGGAAGUGUUGCCCAUCUACGGCGAUCCGGCGAAACCGCCGCUGCACAUGCUGUACGGGCAUGCGACGGGUUUGGCACAGGGACCGUACCCGCCGUAUCCGGUGAUGUUCAUCCCGGGAGCUGCACAUUAUGCCGAUGGCGCCCGUCCGGGUCCGUAUCUUCCGGUCCUGUCGUACGGUGGAGUUGGGGCGGGUGAUGGUGCCCUGGUCCACCCAGCGGCAGCAGCAGGGGACAGCAAUUAUCUGCCAGCAGUCAUCGGGUGGCCGGAAGCAAGCUCACCUCAGCCGACCGAAGCGAUUGCCGAGACGUCCAGCAGCAAGCCAACCGUGGUGGAUCAAGGGCCGAAGUCGGAGUACCUGCAGAAGCUGAACCUAUCGCCGGCGGACGAGGCGGAACUGAAGCGACUCUCCAAGCAGCUCGGAGUGACCGACUUCGAGCAUCUGCCACCGUUCGAGGACGUCAUGGCGCUGCUCGGUACGACGACGUCGGAGGAGACGAUCAAGGCGAUCAAGGAGUACGCCUCGACCCCGGACGGGCUCGAGCUGAUCAAGGACUACGUCAUGAGCUACCAGCCGGCCAAGCGCGUCAGUCUCGGCCAGGAGCCGUACACCGAAGGCAACGGGGUCGAGGACGACGUGCCGGAAGCCCAAGAAGCAACGACGCCGGCCACACCCGAUAUUGGAUUCUUCGCGCGCCAGUUUCGGCGCCUAAAGUCGCUCCUUACCUUCGGGUACUACGGCGGGACGGAGGAUGAGGUGCCGGUGGCGCAAACCCCCACGGGCACGACCCUUCCGGUCGAGCAGGUGCAGGUGACAAGCGAAGCGACGCCGUUCGUUGUUCGCAACGAGUUUCCCGCAUUUGAAGUACGCGACGGUGGUGUUCGAGAAAUGCCCGUAGCCCAUUACAUCAUUCCGGUUCGUGCGCUUCCGCCUCACCCGUUGUCGUACGCACCGGAUCACAGAUACGCCUCGUCGGUUCCCUUCCCCCUGGCCCUCCACUAUCCACCGGAGUCGCAGUAUCCGAAUCCGUUCACCGUCCGCAGCGCCGGCGAGCAGGCGAUUGUUCCUUCGCACGAAGAACCGACCGUGACGACGACAACACCGACACCGCCACCAACGAUCCCGAACGAUGCCAUCCGCCGGGAGCCAACGGUUGCACCUCAGCGUGCCGCACCACCCACCCUUCCGACCGGGGAGGUGCACACGUUCGAGCGAGCAGACCUCGACCAGGCAGAGCGCACCACGACACCAUCUCCUACCGGACCGGUUACGGAAGUGAGCAAGAGCACCGUAGAGCCCGCAGGAGCUCCACGGGUCACACUAGGGCCGAUCGUAGUUGAGCCAGAACUACUGGACACGACAGAACUGUCCACAAACACCUUGGACGAACAGUGA